AAGUCUAAUGGAAAUUUAGAGAUAUGGAGAAGGUUACCGGUUAUUCUCUUCUUAUACGUAAUUUACGUUAUUCCACAUCGCCUCAGAUUGUAAAGGAGACGUUUGAGAGGUUCGGUAGAAUCCGCGAUGUAUAUCUGCCUCUCGACUAUAAUACCCGGCGUCCCCGCGGCUUCGGAUUCGUAGAAUACUAUGAAAAGGAGGAUGUUCUUGAAGCUGUCAAGGCAAUGGAUAAUGCAGAUUUAGAUGGCAGCGUAAUCACUUGCUGCCUGGCACAAGACAGGAGGAAGUCACCAAACUCCAUGAGACGUGCGUACAGAGGCUCCAGGAGGGGAUACGACGAAAGAAGGUAUAGGUCACGCAGCAGGAGCUAUCGCGACGUCCGCCGGUCGUACAGCUAUGGAAGAAGAGGACGCUACGACGGAGACUAUUACAACGGAAGGAGGUACAGCCGUGAUCGUUCUCCAGAACGCUAUUCUAGAGAUUAUCGCCCCGUAAGGGAUUACCGACCACACCGCGACGCCAGACGAGACUAUAGGCCACCCAUGAGAGACCGCAGAAGAGACUAUGAAGACAGGUUCCAAGGCGAAGAUAGACUAUCACCCAGAAGCCAAUCGCCAAAAAGGGUCGAACACUCACCAGAACGUUCAUCACAGGAUAAUUAGGGUAACAAGGAUACAUGUACAAGGGAAAUCCGGAAUGCUUUGACGCAGAAGAUAGCUGUAAAAACACACGCUAUCUCAAUUGUUGCUGUACAUGUGUUACAAGGAGGAGAUUGUACUAAUAUCGGAUGGAGUUAAUAUGUGGAUUGAAUGUACACGUGUAAAUUUACUCCCCUUUUAGU